ACAGGCGCAGAAACAAAACCCAAACUGUUUGUUCGUUCGUUGUUUCGCGCGCACAAUUUGACCGUUGCAACAACAACAGCAGCGCAGCGGGGGGCAGUGGGCAGGCAACCCGGCGUCGAGUGAUGAGUGCGCAGGUGGACUUCUCCAAGGAUGGAGUGGCACGGCUGCUUGCUGCUGGUGUGCCCGGCAUGGAAGCAGAAGACGCCCUCAGCGAACACAACAGCUCUACAUUACAGGUGAUCAAGCUGCGUCGCUUCAUCAACGACGCAACGCUGGUUAACACGCCCUUUGAGAAAGCGUCUGACGAGCAAGGCAACGACCUCUUCGAGGUGGUGGUCUCGGAUGGCCAGUUUAAGAUGGCAUGUGUGCUGUCGCCAACACUCAACCACAUGGUGCAUGUGGGCGACCUGCGAUUGUUGUGUUUCAUCGCCGUGUCGCAGUGCCGCACAUGGGUUGACGAGACGCGCAUCGAUAGCACGCCUGUCGUCGUCAUCACCGCCCUCAAGGUCCUGGCAGAUGCAACAGAGGUCAUCUUGUUGCCAGACAGCGACGGCUCCCUCGCGUGGAAGGGAACACAAGCGUCAACACAGCCGCUGGUGGGGUGCCGGCGCAUGUUCGUGCACACGCUGUGCGACGACGUGCCGCCCGACCUCUGCGGAUGCACCACGACGCGCGCAGCCGUCUCCAUCACCGCCGAUGAACUGCAGGAGGCGCUGCUGCCGUCCGAGCGCGUGCCACUCAAGACAUUGGAGGACGACUUUAAGGCUGCUGGACAGACCGGCCACCCCGUACUGGCGCGCGUGGUGAAGAAGUCCUGCCUGCAGUCGUUUGCCUCGCCCGGCGACACGAGUGGCGAGAAGCACCAGCUGUACCUGCACAUUGCCGACGAGACGGGGACGGCGGUGGUGGUGGUGUGGGGCUCGGCGUGCCGCGUGUACGUGGCCACGAUCCGUGAGGGCGACGCGGUGCUGGUGCGAAACUACCGCGUGAAGCGGGCAACGGCGUUUAGCGCAGAGUUUGCAGCAGCAGGCAUCGAGCUCUCGCUCAACAGCAAGAACCCAACGGGUAUGCUGGACAUUGUGGACAGGGACGAUUUGAGGCAGCUUUAUGGCGUGUCGCUGGCGGUGCUGCCCACACCCGCACUCGCAUCGGGUAAUGGUGCGGUUGAUGGUGACGGUGGUGGUGGUGAUGGCGUUAAUGAAGGCGAUGAUGACAAUGACAGCGUUGCUGAAGAUGAUGAAGAUGACGACGGGGAGGAACAGGAGCCGGCGAAAGCGAACGGAGACGGAUCCAAGACAAAGAAACCGAAGAACAAUACCAAGACGAAGAAGCACCCCAAGCAAAGCAAGAAGACCGCCGCAGCUGCAGCUGCAGGCUCACAGCCAGCAUCUGCUUCCACUAGUGCUGCCCAUCAACAUCAGGCUCACCCCCAGCACACCCAAGGCAGCACGCCCGCGCUCAAGGCGUUUCCAUCGCCGCUGACAUUCAGCAGGAUAGUGCUCCGUUCUCACUUUGCCGCGCACGUGCACCGCGCACGCUUCCUCGGCCGUCACCACCAGUAUGCAACCGUGGUGGGCGUGGUGCUGCACGUUGGCCGUGUGGAGCGGCGACGCACGGCGCGUGGCUCGUUCCGCCUCCUGCGCUGGGUUCUUCUUCGCGACCACUCUGCCCCUGCACGCGACAUUGUUGUGCAGAUGGGAUACACAUCGCAGCCGGGAGUGUUUGACGCCAUUGCUCCAGGCGCCCUCCUCGGCAUCACAUACUGCAAGCUUCGACAGCAGCUGAUUGCCAGUCGCGGUCCCCCCGCUCUGCACGCCGUCACUACCGCCGGCUCCACAUAUGUCAUGCUCCAGGACAACAACCACCCGCUCACACAGACCCCAGAGGUGGCGAGUCUCGUUCACUGGACACCGGAUCCUCCACUCGAGUUUGGGCGGAUUGGCGGGUUCUACACGUGGCCGCAGCCGCCGCGUGUGAGCGCACACAUCUCAGAUCUGCCCACACGCGACAAAAUACACACAGCAGAAGAAAUCAAGCAGAUUGUGCAAGGGCUGCACUUGAACGAGCGACGGCAUGUCUACAUUCAAGGGCACGUGACGCGGCUAGCGCUCAUCUCCUCGGAGACGGAGGAGGUAGCGACGGCGGUUGCGCCCGCGCUGGCAUCGCGCGAUGCUGUGGAGGGCGAGAGCAGGCUGCAGCACGCGCGCACAGGCAUGAAGCAGCGCAAGGGCUCUGGUGCUCGCAUCUUCGACGCCUUCACCUGGCGGUACUUCAAGUGCGGCAUGGCCAUUGCCAGCACAAAGAAUCCAACGAACCCUCUCGACGCACACAUCUACUCAGACUCCAGCGAGUUCCUGCCAAACGACGUGACGUUGGCGCAGUCCCCGCCUCAAAUCUGGCUGCUCACCAUCCGCUCCCUCAACAGCACGCUGACGCUGGAUGCGCUGCUGGUGCCGGACGGAGCGCCGCAUCCAACGCCAUCACGCAUCAAACUCUGCCGCGACAUGCUGGUCAACGCAAUCCCGCCCUUCUUCCUCUCCGGCUGGACAGGAGACACCAGGGUCAGCACGGUGAUGACGCUGGUGCACAGGCUGUUCUGCCACCGCAUUGUGUUUGGGCUCUCGCUCUUCCGCACCAACAGCGACGCGGGCGGCGUGGAGAUUGUUGCCGACCAGUUUCUGCCCGUGCUUGCGCCACGCACAGAUACGCUGCCAGCUGUGAGCCCGCAGCAGCAACACAAGAACGAGGCUGGCCAGCAGCAACCGCAGCAGAAUGGCGAAGAAGGCACUGACGGGCGCAGUGCAGCGCAACAACAACAACAACAACAACAACAACAGCAGCAACAACAACAACAACAACAACAACAACAACAACAACAACAACAACAACAACGGCGGCAGAAUGGUGGUAAGGAAUCAAAGGAGGCGCCGUCAAAGGAUGGCGCGGGUGUGUCAACACGCUCAUCGCGCAAGAAGACCACUGCAACUGGCGGUGUUGUUACACGUGGAAAGCGGACCCGAAGUGCGGGGAGGAAGCAGAAGGCGUGACGCAUGCACGUGCGUCGUCGCUGUUGAUUGUUCUUGUUGUUCGUGGUGUUGUUAUUGUUGUUGUGGUCGUGAUUAGUUACUUGAUGCGAACCUGUGGUGUAGCGUGACUCUUCGCGGUGUGUCUUGCUUGUUCAUCGAGAGAGAGGGGGGGGGGAGUAUGUGUGUAUGUGAGAGUGGGUGUGUGUGUGAGUGGGUGUGUGUGUGUGUGUGUGUGUGUGUGUGUGUGUGUUGGCAUGCGGACUGGCACAUAGUUUGAAGAUUUGUUGGGGCGAACAACCACAUGAAAAACGCCAAACAUAAACACAUCGGUGCC